UUCAUAAAUGUAGUCAUAUCCUGUCUAAUGCAGCCUGCUGUACAGCUCUGACCGAGCUCAGUCUGGAUGACACAUCUGCUCACCACAUUAUGCAGGAAAAUGGCAUCUACAUUAUAGCAAAGUUGAUAUCACCACAAAAGUCUGGAGCAAAGAUCACAUCAUUGCAGUGCUAUGCAUUCAGGACCCUCCGAUUUCUUUUCCGCGUGGAAAGAAACAGGCAUCUGUUCAAGAGACUCUUUCCCACAGACCUCUUCGAGAUGUUUAUUGAUGUUGGCCACUGUGUGCGGGACCUCGCUGCCUAUGAAGGGCUGCAAACCAAGGUCUCAAUCUACACUGAUGAUGAAUUGGACAAUCUGAGAGAGAGCAUCGAGGCUGUGGACCAGAAUCGCCCCCCCCUCAGGGUCAUCAACGGUUACUCUGUGCUGGACCACCUGGGCACCGGGGCGUUCGGAAGCGUGUUCAAGGUUCGAAAGCAGAGUGGCCAGAACCUCCUGGCGCUGAAAGAGGUGAAUCUGCACAACCCGGUGUUCGGCAAAGACAAGAAGUCCAGAGACAGCAACGUGGAGAAAAUCAUCUCUGAGCUAACGAUCGUCAAAGAGCAGGCACACGUUUUUCAACUGGAAUCACUGACACACAAUUCAGCAACAAGCUAUACGAACAAAUAA